AUGGGGCUUCUGUUGGUCUUUCCCCUCAUCCAGUCUCAAAGUAGAACAGACCCUUCUCUCUGUAACAUAACCGCUGAGGUGCUAUUGAAUUGCCUUCGAGACUGCCAGCCUUUGAGUUUGACUAAGGAACCAGCUGACUGUCUUAACGGGAUAGAAUCCUUGCUGUGCUCCUGGCUGGAAGACACUUCUGCUACAGGCCAACAGAUUCCAUAUAAGCAAAAAGAAAAUGCUGCUGCAGCCCUAGUUGCCUUGGCUUGUGCAAGAGGGUCGCUGAAAACCUUUGUUCAUACAGUGCAUCUAUUGCAGAAACAGACCGAUCUAGGAUCCUUGCCUGUGGCUGAUGUCUUAUACAGGUUGUUGCUUUUGGAGGGGGGACCUGGAUCACCCUCUUGUUUGCUUGGAGGAAAGCAUAUAGUGUCUUGGGGCUUUGAAGAUAUGUUACCUGCACCCGAUGCCAACAGUAGCUCCAGCAGUGAAAAUAAAGAUGCAGACUUAGGGCGCUGUCUUGCAGCGGAUGGGCUCUAUCUUUAUACAACUAAUUCAGUGGGCAGAGGAAUAAGCAAAUUAGGAUCUGGAUUACAUGGUACUUUGCGAGGUUUUGUGUACUGCCGUAAUGAGGAGCUGGAGGCAGGGUGGGUUGCUUUUGGCAACAGCAAACUUCUCCAUCGGCCCGUCUCUUUUGAUAAUAAGCCUCACUCCCUUUUCCAGGUUGUGGAUCAGCAUACCCUUCAGGUAUGUCAAAUAAUCCCAAUGCCACUAAAUCACUUCCCAGUUGGCAGUACCAUGACUACCGUGCAUCUUUCUUCAGAUGGUACAUAUUUCUACUGGAUUUGGUCUCCUGCAAGCCUCAAUGAAAAAACACCCAAAGGCCACUCUGUCUUUAUGGAUAUUUUUGAACUUAUAGUAGACAAUGGCGUAUGUAUAGCAAAUCCUCUACAGGAACGAAUUAUAUUAAUGAGAAAAGAGGGUGAGUCUGCAAAGAGUAUAAACGAGAUGCUUCUGAGCAGGCUGUCUAGGUAUAGAGCCUCCCCGUCAGCGACACUGGCCGCUCUCACUGGCUCCACAAUCUCCAAUACACUGAAAGAGGACCAAGCAGCUGCAAACACUAGCUGUGGGCUGCCUCUGAAGAUGCUAAGAAAGACCCCGAUAUACACGUGUGGGACGUACUUGGUGAUGUUGGUCCCACCCCCGGGUGGAUCAGGCAGUUCUGCAACACGCUCCCUCUUUGGAGGAACAAGUGCUUUAUCAUCUUUAAAAAUUCUUGCAUCGAGCUUGGUGUUCAAUAUUUCGGACGGGCAGUUCACAAGCCGAGCGGAUCUCAUUGAUGCUGCAGGAAGUUCACUGGGACGUGGUGCUCUAGUUCCAGGACUUGGUGCCUGUUACGAUACGAUGAAUAACAUGAUAUGGACGUGCUCUAACGAUUAUAUUGAUCAGUGGUGUAAUCCCGGGAACCAGGCGUUCCAUUGUGUCUGUCAGAGACUGGGAGUGAGUCACGUCAUUACAGAGCCCAAAGGGGAUGCAACAACCACAAACGAGGUUAUUAACCAGUUACUGCACCAUGUUGGUGCCAUGUGUAUCCACCAACUCAACCUGCUCGCAGCCAGCAACAAUCUUCCCAUUACAAAUUUUCUGGGCAAGCAACAUCCAAUUGAAGCACAUCACCUCAGCAGUAUCUGUGACAUUAUGGAGAAAGCUAUGGUGAACGGAGAUACUUGUAUAAUACGCUGCAUCCUUGUUGUCUUUCAGGUGGUUUUUAAAUUUUUCUUCAGCCCACAAACCGAAAGAAACAGAGAUAUUGUUAGAAGGUCUGGCCUGUUACUUUGGCAGUUACUGAUGGCACCAAGGGAUCAGAUUUGCUCUGAAAUUCAGAAGGAGGUUUGUCUAGCUAUUAGCUCUGGCUUAAAUAUCCUGUAUCCUGGAGAAGCAGAAAUCAAUAAUUUAUUGAAAUUGGUCUUAACUGAAGGAGAGAGAAAUAGUGGUCUCUCUCAACUUCGCGACGUUAUCCUGACUAAUUUAGCUGAACAGCUUCAGAACAACAGAUUUGGAAGUGAAGAUGAUGAUCAUUAUAGACUAAACGAUGAGCUGUUGCACUACAUUCUCAAGAUUGUUGUCCGAGAAUCUUGUGUCUUAAUCACCAAGUGCCAAACUGUAUCUAAAGAUGAUUUUCAAAGGCUUCUUUCAACUGUGCCUGCUGCAUCUUCGUGUUUGCGGUAUCUGAUGGCUGUACAGAACCACCUCCUCAGUAACACUAUUUUGAUUAAACCUGAUGAAAAUGAUGACAGUGACAGCUCCUUGCAGGGAGAGACAUUGAAGGUACAGGAGCUAAAGACCAGCAUUUUGUCUCUUGCUACGCAAAUUCUGACAGGAUGUGAUGAAGUCUUAGAAAUGCUGCAACAAGUCACUACAGCACUAAUAAACAGUGACAUUUCUGAUAGAGAGCAAAGGUUAAAAGGCCUGGAGCAAAUUACGAAGGCUACUAUGCUUGGUCAUCUGCUUCCCGUCCUACUGACAUCUCUGAUGCAUCCCAAUUUGCAAACUCUAACGAUGGCUGAUGCCUUGAUGCCUCAGCUGGUGCAGCUUGUUCUUUACACAAGUCAGACUGCACUGCUGCUUAAAACUCAGUCUCCAGUUUUCUCAGAACUGAACAGUUCCCCCAGUGGUGUGUCAGAACAGAAAGGGAAGAUAUUACCUGAUGAGAGAAUGCUGGAAGAGAAAGAAGAACCAGGUUUUCUUACGGGUUUGAAGAUCCCUGCUCCCUGGGCUGCUGGGAAGACUGUAGAAACAGUUCAUCCCGUCAGAGAUAACUAUAAAUUUAAAGAAACUGUACAUAUUCCAGGAGCCCGCUGUUUAUAUCUUAGAUUUGACAAUAGAUGUUCUUCACAAUAUGAUUAUGAUAAGUUGGUGAUCUAUGCUGGUCCUAACACAAACAGUAGGAAGGUUGCUGAGUAUGGAGGCAAUACACUGGGAUAUGGCAGCCGUAGUGUCUUAGGAACUGGUUGGCCGAAAGACUUAGUUAAAUGUAUCUUCUUCUUUUUUUUUUCUUCCCCUUUUCCCCAUCGAAAUUUGAAGGUGGAAGGAGAUACAGUCACCUUCUCCUUUGAAAUGCGGAGUGGUCGUGAGCACAACACUCCGGACAAAGCUAUGUGGGGCUUUGCUUGCACAGUUCGAGCACAGGAGUCUUCAGAGGAUGUGUCGGGAGGCUUGCCGUUCUUAGUGGACCUGGCUCUUGGCCUUUCUGUGUUAGCUUGUUCUAUGCUGCGAAUAUUAUACAAUGGACCAGAAAUUACCAAAGAUGAAGAAACCUGCCAAGAGCUCUUAAGAUCUAAACUAUUACAAAGGUGCCAGUGGCAGGUGGAAGCUAACGGUGUAAUAUCUCCAGCCCUUACACCAAGUCCUUCUCCACUGCCUCUUACUAUAGAUGAAGACAGAGAAUUUACAUAUCCUUCUGAUGUUUUAGUGCCUCCCGUUGGACACUAUUUUGACCUGCCUAGGAUUAGGCUGCCUCCAGGAAUCAUGAUAAAACUCAGGGAAAUUUCUGGACGUGCUCGGCCUCAGUUCAGACCUAGUAUAAAGGACGUGAUUCAGCCAGAAGUAAUGGAGGAGAUGGUAGUUUCAUGUGUGAUUAAACAUUUGAAUUUAGUUGAUGCGCUACAGUCCCUGAUAAAUUUCCAGUAUCAGGAGGAACACGCUGAAGAAUAUGAUUUACUUUGUAAAAUCAUGGGAGAGACCUUUAAGAAGCUAAAUGCCAUGGAGAGACAAUUGCAGAGUGUGGCCGAGCUGGAGCAGAAGUGGCAGAAUGAGGUAGAUGAUGCCAUGCAUGGGAAGCUGGAGAACAACGUCCCAUUCUUUUAUGAUUAUCACUUCAACGAGAGCAAGAUGAAAGAACUAGAGCUUCUGUGUUCGAUGAAAGAAGUUUCUUUCGAUGGAAGUGAUCUUGAGAAUGUGGUCCUGGCACUAAGGGAGAAGUUUUUUCAAGAGGUGAAUUCACUGAUUCAGAGGACCUCCCAUCCCCUAGCAAAAACGAAAACAUUAGUGAAGAGCUUGAUGAACAGAGCCGAGCUGUUGUUACAUGUCACUAUUGCAGCACAGUCGGGUAUCACCAGAAGUAUAUCGGGUACCCCUGCAGAGACUCCAGCCUGUAAAUCAGCAUCUGAAACAAAAGUGAUCUCUCACGCGGUCCGCCAGCCCGUCUUCCUUCGCAGUAUGUCGGCACCAUCUGACUUAGAAAUGAUUGGUAACGAAGACAUCGAGUUUGCUAGAUCAAGCCAGAGGCGACGCCACGUUACCAGCCACAGAAGCAGCUCCUUCACUCUUCUCCAGUCACUGACCAUCGAGGAUAGCAGAGAUAAACCCACCUACAGCGUCCUGCUGGGGCAGCUGUUCGCUUUCAUCGGAACAAAUCCCGACCAAGCGGUCUCCAGCAGCAGUUUUCUGCUGGCUGCUCAGACAAGGUGGCGGCGUGGGAAUACGCGGAAGCAAGCCCUGGUGCAUAUGAGGGAGCUGCUGACGGCAGCUGUUCGGGUUGGUGGUGUGACGCAUCUUGUAGGCCCCGUGACCAUGGUACUUCAGGGAGGACCAAGAAUAGAAGAGCUCACGUGUGGCGGGAUGGUGGAACAAGUCCAGGAAGCUUUUGGAGAGACGAUGACGUCUGUGGUCUCGCUGUGUGCUCGCUAUCCCAUCGCUUGUGCAAAUAGCAUUGGCCUCUUAUGCACUAUACCUUACACAAGGAGCGAGGAGAAGUGUUUGGUCCGUAGCGGCCUGGUACAGCUUAUGGACCGGCUUUGCAGUUUGAGCAGCCAGACAGAAUCGAGUUCAAAUGAAAAGCAGACUAAGAAGCAGAAGGUGGCCACCAUGGCUUGGGCUGCCUUCCAGGUGCUAGCCAAUCGCUGUGUUGAGUGGGAGAAGGAAGAAGGUGGUUCGACAGAAGCUGUUCACUCUGGUCUGGCUCGUCAGGUCUCCAGCCUUCUUACCAACCACCUCGCGCGAGCUACAGAGUGUUGUGGUAAUCAGGCUGCAGGAAAUGAUGCACUUCAGGAUGUUCUCAGUCUCCUUAAUGACCUGUCGAGGAGCCACAUAGGUAAAGCAAUCCUGAGCCAGCCAGCCUGUGUGUCCAAGCUUCUGUCACUCCUCUUGGAUCAGCGUCCUUCUCCAAAGCUGGUCCUUAUUAUCCUCCAGUUGUGUCGUGCUGCACUGCCUCUCAUGAGCGUUGAGGACUGUGGAAAUGUGGAGUUGCCGCCCUGGAGUUACUCAGUGCCCUCUCUGAACAGUGAGCAGGAUGAUCCCAGUGACCCAGCCUCCAAGAUUGCCUCUCUGCUGCUGGCAAAGCUGGCGGAUUAUGUAGUACCAGGAUGCCAGACGGUUCUUUCUCCAACGGCCUCUGAACCGGAUACUGCUUUGGCAAAAGCCAGCCCUAAAAAUUCAAUAAAAGGUGAUAAAGAUCCUGGAGAAGAAAGCGAGGCAGUGGAUGGUAAACUUUCUAUUUUUAUUCAUAAACGGGAAGACCAGUCGUCCCAUGAAGUCCUUCAGCCAUUACUAAGUAGCUCAGAAGGUCGUCCAUUCCGACUAGGAACUGGAGCCAAUAUGGAGAAGGUGGUGAAAAUGGAUCGAGACAUGACGAAAAGUGGCUGCUGUGAAGUCAUUACAGAAGAAGCUGCUGCGGCUCUUCGAAAGGCGACUAAGUGGGCACAGUCUGGUCUAAUAGUUAGUGUUGGGCCGCCUGUAGAAACCGUCAAUCCAGAAACUACUAGCGGCUUGUCCACCGGGGACAAAAAGAAGACUGCACAAACGUCUAUUUGCAGAGAGAGGAAUUCAGAGCUUGCCAGGACGGAUCCUGUGAGGCCGUUCAUUAGCGGGCACGUUGCAAACAGCAUGGCAGCAGAGGUGAUCGCUUUGCUGCAUAGCUUGUUGAUGGCACCGGAAUCCAAUGCAGCUCAGAUAUGGACAACAACUGCUGAAAAAGUUCUGUCUCGGGCUCUGAUGUACAUUCCACAACUUGGGAAAUAUGCAGAGAGUAUUUUGGAGAAUGGGAGUAGCAGUGGAAGGAAACUGGCUAAACUUCAGAGAAUUGCUCGGCAGGCAGUAGCUGCCCUUUGUGCUCUGGGUGGCUUUAAGGAGACGAUUAAAAUAGGUUCUGAAGUUCAGGUUUUAGGUAAAGGAAUAGCAGGAAGCAUUGGAGUUGUGGCAUCUAUUAAUGAACAAGAAGGUAUAGCAACGGUCAAAUUUCCACCUACCAGUAUAGACAGUAGAAAGACAUCACAAGCAUCAGACACAUUAACUAUUCCAUUAUCUAGGCUCUGUGUUCCAAGAUCUGAGGCAUUGCCUCUUCAUAAACUGUCCAUUACUGAGAAGGUAGUACAGGCAGUCCAGUCCAUGUUGCUCCCUCAGGAGGGAAGUCUAUCUAUUCACACCUCACUUCCUGCAACAGGAGAUGGCUCAACUCCAGUAAUGGCAGUGGUCCGGCUUCUUGCUGAAAUAAGAACCAGAGCAUGCCUGGUGAUGGCUCAGCUGUUAGAAGACAGCUCAUUCUGUGAAGAGUUCAUUCAACAGUGUCCAGCUGCUGUAGAAGUUCUUAAUUUGGUAGCACAGGAGUGCAGCCCUGGGGAGAGGCUCCUUGUUGUAGAAAUGCAGUGUGAACGGUUACGAAUGUUGUAUCGUGACUGUGCUCGGCCCCCGCCUCCUCCACUCCAAGCAGACAGAAGGCAGCCCAAGGAAAUCACUUGGAGCCCAUCAAGAGUGUUUCCCCCUGUGCGAGCAUGCAUGUUUUCAUCACAUCUCACAGCUGUGACCUUUUUGGCUGAUCCUAGCGCUGGUGGGGGACUUCCUCGGGGCACAUUUAUCUAUGCCACUUCCCCAGUUCCAGUACAGGCACCAUCCUUUUACUGGGAAAUUGAAAUAGUUUCCUAUGGAGAUACAGAUGACGACACUGGACCAAUAGUUUCAUUCGGAUUUGCUACUGAAGCAGAAAAACGGGAUGGUGCUUGGACAAACCCAGUGGGCACCUGUCUUUUUCACAACAAUGGGCGAGCAGUGCAUUACAAUGGCUCCAGCUUGCUGCAGUGGAAGAGUGUUAGAUUGGAUGUGACUCUUUCUCCUGGUGAUGUAGCAGGAAUUGGAUGGGAGAGAACAGAAGGAACUCCACCUCCUCCAGGGCAGCCCGCUAAAGGCAGAGUUUAUUUUACGUAUUGUGGGCAGCGACUUGGGCCGUAUCUGGAAGAUGUCUCUGGUGGAAUGUGGCCAGUGGUCCACAUUCAGAAAAAGAACACCAAAGUCCGUGCUAACUUUGGAUCUCGACAGUUUGCCUAUGCCGAAGGGCAGGCUCACAGGAACGCUGCUGAUCUCUGCAUUGACCUGGCUGAAGAAAUAAGCGCCAACUUUGAAGCACUGCCUUUUGCCAUGGCUUCUGAUAGCGAUAACGAUGCUGGCACCAGCAUAGCUUCUGAUCCUGGGACCCACGGACCUCCUUGUAGAAUUGCUGCUGUUGCUACUGCUCAACAACAAUAUGACAGUGACACAUCUUGCCACUACAAAAUGGAACUGAGCUAUGAGAACUUCAUCACAUCAGGCCCUGAUCCUCAUCCCCCUCCUAUUGCUGAUGAUGAAAGUGAUGAUGACGACGACGAUGAUAUUCCCCGGGAGGAUCACUAUGCCCUCUUGGUUAAAGCCCGGGAAAAUAAAGUUCUAAGUGCACAUCGAUUCCCUACAAUUCGAAGAAGAUUCCGGAAUGAGGCUGAGAGGAAGUCUGGGUUGGAUCAGAUUAAAGGAGCUUUACAGUUAGGAAUGGUUGAUAUAGCACGACAAACUGUAGAAUUCCUCUACGAGGAAAACGGUGGCAUCCCAAGAGACCUCUACCUUCCUACUAUCGAGGAUAUCAAAGAUGAAGCAAACAAAUUUACAAUUGAUAAAGUACGAAAAGGUCUCACAGUGGUGACUCGCUCUCCUGACAGUAACAACGUCACCAGUAGUGCUGUGGGAACAGCUUUACCCAAAUUUGCUAUUCGUGGGAUGCUGAAGACAUUUGGUCUUCAUGGUGUUGUUCUGGAUGUUGAUUCAGUAAAUGAAUUGGUACAAGUAGAGACGUAUCUCAGAAGCGAGGGAGUUCUGGUAAGAUACUGGUACCCUAUUGACAUGUUAGAAAGGCCACCCGCUGGGUAUAGGAGGACUGCAACAAAUGGGCUGGUUACCCUGGAUAAUACCAACAUCCAAAUUCACAGAGAGCUCUUGCGAAGUGAAGCUUCUCUGGCCAAGCUCUACUGCCGUAUGGCUCUCCUCAAUAUUUUUGCCCCCAAAUCUCCACAUAUGUUCACUCGUCUGUUCCAUAUUCCUGCUAUCCGUGAUAUCACUCUGGAGCACCUGCAGUUGCUAUCCAACCAGCUUCUGGCACCACCUCUUCCUGAUGGAACAAUCAGUUCAAGUUCUAUCCUGUUGGCCCAGUCCCUGCAGCACUGCGUGCAUUCCCAGAACUGUGCUGCCACAGACCUCUUCUACCAGGGCAACGCACAGGCCAUCAGGGAGUGGCUGACUGUCGCCAUCACUCGGACACUGCAUCAAGGAGAGGAGAGUCUGUUAGACCUCACUAAACAGAUCUGCUCCUUUUUGCAGACGGCACCAGUUGAAGAAUUCCCAAUUUCAGAAUCCAAGGUCAAUAUGGAUGUUAAUUUUCCUGGGGCUGCAUUUGUAAUUGUGUCCUGUAAGGAAAGUCAGUCUGGAUUCCGCAAAGAUUCAUCCCUGUAUAAAGCUCCUUGGGCUCGAGUGCUUGUCUACGGACUUGGGCACAAAGUGAAGAGGAAUGGUCAGCUAAACCUCAUUGAAGCAGUGUGCUACCCUCGAGAUGCUUCUCCCACCAACACAGGCCUGACUCCUCCCCCAACCACCAAUCAGUACCCUUCUGUCAUCACACCUACGGACAAGGUUCACAUCAAACUAGGAGUCUCUCCUCCUCCUGGAGCUGUGUUGGUCUUGCAUUCUCUUCCUCUUGAAUUCCCCCUGGCAAUGGCUUUCACAGAACAGCUCUUAACCUGGAAAUUGGCAGAUGGGGAUGGGAAGUCAGAAGAUGAACAACUGGAUACUAUUCCCGCUUCAGUUCUCCUGCAAGUAGUGGAAUUCCUAGGGAACUUUCUCUGGACAACUGACAUGGCAGCGUGUGUGAAGGAAUUAAUAUUUCAUCUCUUGGCCGAGUUGCUUCGCAAAAUUCACAGUCUGGAGCAGAAAAAAAAUCCAGCAGGAUUGUCAUCUUCUAUUGCCCUUCAGCUGAAUCCCUGCCUCGCCAUGCUCAUGGCCCUGCAGUCAGAACUUCACAAGUUGUAUGAUGAAGAAACACAGAACUGGGUGUCUGGAAAUGCGUGCGGUGGCUCUGGUGUCGGAGGGGCUGACCAAGGAAGAUUUUCAACGUACUUUCAUGCUCUGAUGGAAGUCUGCCUCGCUGUAGCAGAAGUAACCUUACCUAUCAAUAUGAGCGUAACAACUACUGUGAUGUCUUCAACGAGUGCCCCAAAUCUUAGUGACUCUUCGUCCUCAUCUUCAUCUUCUCCAGGACAGACACCACAGAGUCCAAGUUUGCUGUCAAAGAGGAAAAAAGUCAAAAUGAAGCGGGAAAAGACAUCAUCUUCAGGCAAACGGUCUUCAUCCAGAGCAGCUGAAACAGACGCUGCGAUCCUCAGUCUAGGAGGAAGCAAGCCUGAGGAUAUGUUGUGGUUCCACAGAGCACUGACUCUGCUUAUAAUUCUCAGACACCUGACCAGGAAGGAUCCGCAGGGCCUGGGUGUGACCAACGAUGCUGUAGCGGACGCGUGCCAAGCACUGGUAGGUCCCACGGCUCACAGCCGCUUGCUGGUCAUUUCUGGAAUUCCGACUCACUUGGAGGAGAGCACUGUCCGAAGCGCCAUCAGAAAGGCGUGUAAUGCACACGGUGGGGUCUUCAAAGAUGAGAUCUACAUCCCUUUGCAGGAAGAGGAUGCCAAAAAAAUCAAGGACAAAGCAGAAGGAGGAGAAUGCAGACCUGAACUGGAAAAACCAACUGUUUCCAGUAGCGCAGACAGUCUGGAUAUCAGCAGCUCCAGCAGCGUCACGCCUGCCAUGAGCGUUAGUGCUUCGGCCUCGACCAGCCAGGCCUCCCUCUGCAGCUCGCAGGGUAUAUCUCGGACUGUUAGCGAUAUCUCCGUUGACCAGUUUCAAGCGGGACUGGAACUGGCCAUCCCACCAGGACUGCUGGAACCCCAUGUUGUCUCCAGCCAGGAGAGCCUGGAUCUCUCACACUGCAGCACUGGAAGCCUUGGCAGCCUCGGCAGCCUCGGGGAACCGCUUGACAACGUAGAAACAGCGUCUGCGUCUGACGUUGGGUCGAUGUACACCGUCACUUCUCUGGACAACCAGCCGCUGCUGUCACGGCCCAUCAAGGGUUUUGCUGUAGUGGAGAUAAGGUCCAGAGCUAAAAUAGAGAAAAUCCGAGCCAGCCUGUUCAACAGUAGUGAUCUCAUUGGUUUGUCAAGUCUGGAUGGUGAAGACGAACUGAUGGAAAUGUCAACAGAAGAGAUUUUAACUGUUUCUACUGUAAAUCAGAGUCUCUUCGACACACAAGGGAGCCCAGCACUAGAAGAUUAUUUCAAUGAUAAGUCCAUAAAGGGUGAGAAAUUGGUCCCAGGUGCUCGGGAAGUCCUCACAGAAAUAUUUAAAAGCUGCGUCCAUUCUGAGCAAAUGCUGAGCCUAACUCCUGCGAAGCCCAUUAAGGUUGCUGAUAUCUAUCUCAGCAAAGAGCAGAUAAAUUCUCAGACUCCUGGAAACCUUCUUCAUGUGUUCUUCACAAAUGUCCGCCCUCCAAAGAAGGUGCUCGAGGACCAGCUCACUCAGAUUUUAAGGAAAUACGGCGUGCCCAAGCCAAAAUUUGACAAGAGCAAGUACAACAAGGCGGGCAAAGAACAGCAUCCCGUGAAAGUUGUGAGCACCAAGCGCGCAGUUACUAAACCGCCUACGAAGGAGAAGUCAAUGCUCAAUAGCGUCAGCCGAACAGCCUUAAGUGAGAAGAAACCUACUGUAAAGCCCAAAUCUCCUGAGAAGAGUAAACCCGAAGAGAAGGACCCGGAAAAGUCUCCCACAAAGAAACAGGAAGCUCCUGAGGAGAAGUACUUGACGCUGGACGGAUUUCACAGAUUUGUGGUUGACCGAUCUAAACAGGAUAUCCGUAGUGUGUGGAGAGCUAUUCUGUCCUGUGGAUAUGAUCUACAUUUUGAAAGGUGUGCCUGCAUUGAUGCGAGACACGCUCAGAAAGCGUCCCGGAAAUGGUCCCUGGAGAUGGACGUAGCCCUGGUCCAGUAUAUUAACCGGCUCUGCCGUCACCUCGCAAUUACACCAGCACGGCUCCAUCCCCAUGAAGUUUAUUUGGAUCCAGCUGAUGCAGCAGAUCCCAGGAUUUCCUGUCUGUUGAAUGUUCCCGUCGAAAGUCUGCGCCUACGGUUUGCACUGCUUCAGUCUCUCAACACAACGUUGGAGACAUUUUUCUUGCCGCUGGUGGAGCUUCGGCAGACGGAGAUGUACACGAAUAGCAUUGCUGCGCUGCUGCAAGAGGCCAAAGGUUUAAUCUUCUAUGACACAAAAGUAACUGUAAUGAACAGAGUGCUGAAUGCCACCGUCCAAAGAACUGCUGAUCAUGCAGCCCCAGAAAUCACCCUGGAUCCCUUGGAAAUAGUUGGAGGGGAGAUCCGUUCUUCGGAAAAUUCCUAUUUCUGCCAGGCAGCCAGACAGCUGGCCUGUGUGCCGUCCUCGCAGCUCUGCGUUAAACUGGCCAGCGGCGGAGACCCUACCUACGCCUUCAACAUCCGCUUCACGGGGGAGGAGGUUCAUGGAACAAGUGGAUCUUUCCGCCACUUCCUUUGGCAAGUCUGUAAAGAAUUACAGAGCUCCUCGCUCUCCCUUCUCCUGCUGUGCCCCAGCUCGGCAGUCAAUAAGAAUAAGGGGAAGUACAUUUUGACGCCCAGCCCUAUAACCUAUGCGGAGGAGCAGUUGUUCCAUUUCUUUGGGCAGCUCUUGGGGAUUGCGAUCCGAGCAGACGUUCCUCUGCCACUUGACCUCCUGCCCUCCUUCUGGAAGACGCUCGUAGGAGAGCCGCUGGAUCCUGACGGUGAUCUCCAGGAAGCUGACAUCCUCACCUACAACUAUGUCAAAAAAUUUGAAAACAUAAAUGAUGAGACAGAACUGGAAGCUCUGUGUGCAGAAAUUGCUUCUCAGCAUCUCGCAACAGAGAGCCCGGACUGUCCGAACAAGCCGUGCUGCAAAUUCACCUACCUGACCAUGACGGGGGAGGAGGUGGAGCUCUGUCCCCGAGGCCGGCACGUUCCCGUGGGGUGGGAGAACAAGGACGUGUACUCAGCAGCGAUCCGGAGCCUGAGGAUGCGUGAGCUGCAGACCCCAGAGUGCAUGACUGCCGUGCGUGCCGGGCUGGGGUCCAUCAUCCCCCUGCAGCUCCUGACCAUGCUGACGCCUCUGGAGAUGGAGCUGAGGACGUGCGGGCUGCCGUACAUCAACCUGGAGUUCCUCAAGGCACACACCAUGUACCAGGUGGGCCUGAUGGAGACCGAUCAGCACAUCGAGUUCUUCUGGAGCGCACUGGAGAUGUUCACUCAGGAGGAGCUCUGCAAGUUCAUCAAGUUUGCCUGUAACCAGGAGCGGAUCCCCUUCACGUGUCCCUGCAAAGACGGAGGCCCCGACACUGCCCACGUCCCGCCGUACCCCAUGAAAAUCGCUCCCCCGGAUGGGGCCGCAGGUUCUCCGGACUCCCGGUACAUCCGUGUGGAAACGUGCAUGUUCAUGAUCAAGCUCCCGCAGUACUCCUCACUGGACAUCAUGCUGGAGAAACUGCGAUACGCUAUCCACUACCGGGAGGAUCCGCUCAGCGGCUGAGCACGGCUGCCCCGAGGUGACUGUCCGGAUUGUUUGGUGACUGCUGACAUUGGAAACCCUUCGACUUGCGUACAAACACCUCCUGUACCACUGUGUGAUGAGCUGGAGGUUAAUUUAUUUUCUGAACUUUUGUUCCCAUUACGAUAAUUACUGGAAGACUUACGUUUUGUAUUUGUAGACUUCGUGGUGGACUGGUUAUUUUGCUGCCUUGUUUGUGGAAUAUUUGUAGGAUAGUUUAGUAAAGACCGGUUUGUGUAUAAUUUAAUUUUGAGAAAACCUUCAAACAUGUACAUUUCUAAUUUUGUAACUUAGAAUGAUAUUGCCCAUGCAACCACCACAGGAGUG